AUGAACUCACGUUCUGAUAGUAACCUAUCAAUUAAAGACUCGACAUACGUUGUUUCAACUGUAGUAAAAAAUAUAAUGACUGAUUUUCGAAUUUCGAGGCCAAACUUUUUUUCCACACCAAAGAAAGGAGAGAACUAUGAAUUACGAGCAGACCUAAAUAGUGAAUACCGUGACCGAAGAAAAGAUGCGAUUAAAAAAGUUAUUGCAAAUAUGACUGUUGGAAAAGAUGUUUCAGGUUUAUUUCCUGACGUCUUGAAAAAUAUGCAAACGGACGAUUUAGAACAAAAGAAAUUAGUAUACUUAUAUUUAAUGAACUAUGCAAAGACACAACCUGAAUUAGUAAUUUUAGCAGUAAAUACUUUUGUAAAGGAUACGGAUGAUAGUAACCCAUUGAUUCGUGCGCUUGCCAUUCGAACGAUGGGAUGUAUCCGUGAUGAGAACCCUUAUGUUCGAAAAACUGCUGCUAUAUGUGUUGCGAAAUUAUAUGAUUUAAAUCCUAACUUAGCAACUGAUAAUGGAUUUGUUUCAGUUGUGCAAGAUAUGGUAUCGGAUGCUAAUCCGAUGGUGGUUGCGAAUGCUGUUACAGCAUUGCAAGAAAUAAAUGAAUCUUCCAUCACCAAAGAUAUUUUUAUAAUCAAUGGACCAACACUUACAAAGUUAUUGGUGGCACUUAAGGAAUGUACAGAGUGGGGUCGGAUAGCUAUUCUUGCUGCAUUGGCUGAAUAUAAACCAGCAGACUCUAAAGAAGCUGAACAUAUUGUUGAACGUGUUGUUCCACAAUUUCAACAUGUAAACGGAAGUGUAGUAUUGUCCGCAAUUAAG